CAGACAGUAGCGAGGCCUUUAAAUUGAGUGAGAAGCGAAGCCCUCAAUUCGUCUUCGCAUUUCUUCUUCCUCCGCACAGAGCGGAGAGAGCAAGAGGAAGGACGUGGAGGAGUAGGGUUUCGUGUCUUGCCGUCGCCUCACUUCAAGAUCGCUUCCACCGGGUGUGAGGAGAAGAAAGAGGGAAAAGAACGGCGUCGGCGAUCUUCACCCCAUUGGCGAGGGUUGAGCUUGAAAUUUAUUGUCUUGGAACUUGGGAGAAUUCAAUGCUCAUCAUGCAUUACAUCAUUCUCCCCAGGUUAUAAUAUCUUCUUUUACUUAUGAGUCAGCUUUAAGGCAUAGAGAAAAAUACUUGGUGACAUGGAAGAUCAAGUUUCCUCUCCACUUGUCUUAGAUGGAUCUAUUUGUAGCAUCAAAUUUAGCAUAGCAACUGCUGAGGAAAUUAGGACAUACUCCAUAAGUGAUUGUCCCAUUUCACACCCAUCCCAGUUAGCAAAUCCUUUUCUUGGCUUGCCAUUGGAAUCUGGUGGAUGUGAAACCUGUGGGACAGCUGAAAUCGGAAAUUGUGAAGGUCAUUUUGGUUACAUUGAGUUGCCAAUACCUGUAUAUCAUCCUUCUCAUGUCAGUGAAUUGAGAGAUCUUUUAAGUUUGGUAUGUCUAAAGUGCUUGAGGAUGAAGAAGGUUAAAUACAGUGUGGGCAAGGGGAAAAUCUCAAGCAUGCCAUGUCUCUAUUGUCUGGAUCUUCCUUCUAUAUCUAUUAAAGAAGUGAAGACAGCAGAUGGUGCUACUUGCUUGGAAUUAAGAGUAUCAUCUAGAUCGAGAUUACAAGAUGGCUUCUGGAGUUUCUUAGAUAGAUUUGGUUAUCAUUAUGCUGGAACAUUCCGUCGCCCAUUGCUGCCCUCCGAGGCUCUUAAAAUUUUGGAGAAGCUUCCAGAAGAAACCCAAAAAAAGUUGGCUGGGAAGGGAUACUUCCUUCAGAACGGGUUCAUUAUGGAACGGCUACCUGUUCCUCCGAAUUGCUUGUGUGUGCCAGAAAUUUCAGAUGGGAAAUGUGUCAUGUCCUCCGAUAUUUCAAAGUCCCUUCUUAAGAAAAUUCUUGGCAAGAUUGAGCUGAUCAAAAGGUCAAGGUCUGGUUCUCCAAGUUUUGAAUCUUAUGAAGUUGAGACAAAUGAUCUGCAAUCAUCAAUUGCACUGUAUAUGAAUCUCAGAGGUACCACAAAGGCACCUCGUGACAUCACAAGAAGAUUUGCAUUUGGCAAUGAGACUAAUGAGUAUUUGACAAAGCAGUGGCUUGAUAAGAUUAGAACUUUAUUUAUCAGAAAGGGUUCUGGGUUUUCCUCUCGUUCUGUUAUUAGUGGAGACCCUUAUAUUGGAAUUAAUGUAGUGGGGUUACCAUCAGAAAUAGCAAAGAGAAUUACAUUUGAAGAACGUGUGACUGAGCAUAAUAUAACUCGUUUGCAGAAUGUAGUUGAUAGCCGUUUGUGUAUUACAUACAAAGAUGGUUCCUCCACUUAUGCCAUUUCUGUAGGGUCAAAGGGGCAUACAAAUCUUAAAAUUGGCCAGGUUAUAAAUCGUCAAAUUUUAGAUGGGGAUAUAGUUUUUAUUAACAGGCCCCCUAGUACUCAUAAGCACUCAUUACAAGCAUUCUAUGUUUAUAUUCAUGAUGAUCAUACUGUUAAGAUCAAUCCUCUUAUAUGUGCUCCACUUGGAGCAGAUUUUGAUGGUGACUGUGUUCAUAUUUUCUAUCCACAAUCCCUAUCUGCGAAAGCUGAGGUUCUAGAAUUAUUUAGUGUGGAAAAACAGCUGCUUAGUUCCCAUUCUGGGAGCUUGAACUUGCAGCUUGUUCAGGAUGCUUCAUUGGCCUUGAAGCUUAUAUUCAAAUCUGGUUUCAUAAAGAAGGAAGUAGCACAACAAUUGGGGAUGUAUGUCUCAUCAAUGCUACCACCACCUGCAAUAGUCAAGGCUACUAAAUGUGGUCCUUGUUGGACAAUUCUUCAAGUUCUCCAGAAUGUGUUCCCUGCUUUUUUGGACUGUUCUGGCGAACGAUAUUUUAUACGUGAGAGUGAAAUUUUGGAGUUAGACACUGAUCAAGAUGUAGUGCAGUCUUUGCUGACAGAUAUCAUGACUCAUAUUUACCACAUGAAGGGCCCAAUGGAGGUUCUUAAUUUCUUCAACUAUAUACAGCCUUUACUAAUGGAGAUGUUGUUUAUGGAAGGCUUUAGUAUUUGUUUGAAAGAUUUUAUUUUAUCAAAGGCUGUUGUUAGUGAAAUUCAAGGAAGCAUCCAGAAAAAUUCAUGCAUACUCAAUCAAUUGAGAUCAAGACGUGAUGAACGUGCGGAAUUGCAAGUUCAGAACCAUCUUAGAAGCAUGAAGGAUCCAAUAGUGAAAUUUAUCCUGAAUUCUUCUGCACUGGGUAACUUAAUCGACUCAAAAAGUGAUUCAUCAAUGGUUAAAGUGGUUGAACAGCUUGGAUUUUUAGGUCUUCAACUUUUUGAUCAAGGAAAAUAUUACUCAAGGGCUUUGGUUGAUGACUGCUUUUUAAACUUUGUAAGCAAGCAUUCCGCUGGUGAAGUUGAUCAUCCAUCAGAAGCAUAUGGACUGGUGAAGAACUCUUUUUUUCAUGGUCUAAAUCCAUAUGAAAUGUUAGUCCAUGCGAUAUCAUCCAGAGAAGUGAUAGUUCGUUCGUCUAGAGGACUCACAGAACCUGGAACUUUGUUUAAAAAUUUGAUGGCAAUUCUUCGAGAUGUUGUUAUCUGCUAUGAUGGAAGUGUCAGAAAUGUGUGUACUGGUUCACUUGUGCAGCUUGAGUAUGUGGAUGAUGAAGGAGUUAAUUCCGUAAAUACUCCUCCCGCUGGUGAUCCUGUAGGUGUGUUGGCUGCAACUGCAAUAUCAAACCUUGCAUAUAAGGCAGUUCUUGAUUCAUCUCAAAGUAACAAUUCAUCAUGGGAACUCAUGAAAGAAAUUCUUCUUUGUAAGGUCAGUUACAAAAAUGAUGUUUCUGACCGCCGAGUGAUUUUGUACUUGAAUGAUUGCUGCUGCCAGAAAAGAUUUUGCAAGGAAAAUGCAGCAUUCACAGUUUUGAACUGCUUAAAAAGAGUCACUUUGAAGGACUGUGCUCAUGAGUUCUUAAUUGAAUAUCAGAAACAAAUAGGUGUGUGUGACAGUUCAGUGACAACAUCAGGACUUGUUGGUCAUAUCCAUCUUGACAAGAUGCAAUUGAAGUUGUUGAACAUAAAUCCUGAUGAUAUUCUUCACAAAUGUCAAGCUGUUAUUUUUAGCUAUGGAAAGAAGAAAGGACAGCUUUCACAUUUCUUUAGGAGAAUUUUUCUGUCUACUUGCAAAUGUUGCAGCAUCAAGCAGCCAAGUGAUGGGAACUUGUGUCAUCUCCCAUGCUUGCAGUUCUCUUAUGCUGAUGCUAAUGCCAGCCAAAAUAACAUAUCUCUUGAAAGAGCAAUACAUGUGAUGUCUGAGACCAUCUGCCCAAUUCUGUUGGAUACAAUUGUUAAAGGUGAUCCUAGAGUUCAUGAGGUGAAAAUUGUUUGGAUUGGGCCUGAUGCAACUUCUUGGGUUGGAAGUUCAUGUAAAACCCUAAAGGGUGACUUAGGCCUUGAAGUUGUUCUUGGACAAGACGCAGUUCGGCAAAGUGGUGAUGCCUGGCGAACUGUUUUAGAUGCUUGCUUACCUGUGAUGCACCUUAUAGAUACAGGACGAUCUAUUCCUUAUGGUAUCCAACAAAUUCAAGAGGUUCUUGGCAUUUCUUGUGCUUUUGACCAAGCAGUUCAGCGAUUGUCAAAAUCAAUCAAAAUGGUUUCUAAAGGUGUGAUGAAGGAACACCUUCUUCUUGUUGCAAACAGCAUGACUUGCACUGGAAAACUUAUCGGUUUCAACACUGGUGGUUAUAAGGCGCUCUUUCGUUCUUUCAAAGUUGAAGUACCAUUUACUGCAGCCACUUUAUUUACACCAAUGAAAUGCUUUGAAAGAGCUGCUGAGAAGUGUCAGGUUGAUUCAUUAGCCAGUGUGGUUUCAUCCUGUUCAUGGGGCAAAAAUGUGGCUAUUGGGACUGGUGCACCAUUCCAGAUUCUUUGGGAUAAGAAACAGAUGGCAAUGAACAAAGAUAUUGGAAAAGGAGUCUAUGACUUUCUGGAGUUAUUAAGGGAGACAUCUAGUGGAGAAGCAACUGGCAGAUAUCUAGCAGAUGUUGAUGAACUGGCAGAAGAAAAUGGAAUUUGUUUAUCACCUGACCUCGAUGGAUGUAUGACUUUUGAUGAUAGUGAUGAUGUUGAGUACAACUUUCAGAAAAGGAUUGGCGUGGUAAAUGGAAAAUCUGGCGAGUCUAGCUGGGAAGUGGAUCCAGUUUCGGUCAAGUCAGGUAACUGGGAGGGAUGGGGAGAUAAAGAAUCAACUCAUGUGGACAACUGUGAAUCGCCAGCAACCAAACAUAAUGUUUGGUCUAGUUGGGAUUCCAUCCAAGUGAAACAAAAGACUGUUGAAUCUGAGAAUCUGGCAGGUGAUACUGUACCUGGUGAAGAUAUGGAUGCACAGAAACAUUCUGGCACAGCAGACGAGUCUGUUGCAUGGGGGAAAUGGAAGGCAGAUGGGAACUCAACUGCCAGGGACAAAUUGUCUCACAGGAAUUGUUGGAAUGAGGCAAGCAAGACCAAGGUGGAUUUGAAAGAAGGAUCACCAGUUUGGAACAGAACUGCUUCAAGCCCAAAAAGCAAACAUAAUCAGGAUUCAUUGUUUUCAACGCCAGGGACUUGGAGCAGCCAGAGCUCCGGAAAACCUUGGGGUCAGGAUAAUGCUAAUAACACUAAAAGAAAUAUUGCACAAGAUGGCUGGAGAUGUGCUGAAUCACCAGUAACAAAUAUUUGGGAUUCCACUUCAACCAGAAAUGCUAAUGUUUCAGACAGCCAGUGGAGUGGCAAUCCUUCCAAGAAUUUGGACAUUCAGUGGGAUGGAAAUGACUCUAACAAAGACUUGGACAGCCAGUGGUGUGGAAAUGUCACUUCCACAUCAAACACCUCCGAAGGUAGAAAUCAAUCAUGGAAUUCUCGUGGUUGGGGUUCUGCAAAUCCUCCUGGUAGGAAAAACCAAAAGACGUUUUCUGCAAGAUUUCCAGGAAAGUCAGCUUCUCAAAAAGGUUGGAAUUCAAAUAGGGCCUUGGCUUCAGGGCGACGACUAGAAUCUCUUACAGCUGAGGAGGAAAAGAUUCUUGCUGAAGUUGAGCCAGUUAUGCUGACAAUAAAGAGGAUUCUGCAUGAUUCCAGUGAUGGCAAUCGACUUUCUGCUGAUGAUCAAAAGUUCAUCUUGGAGAAUGUUUUCAAGUACCACCCUGAUAAGCAAUCAAAGGUGUCUGAUCAAGUUGACUACAUCAUGGUUGACAAGAACAUGAGCUUCCAAGACUCGAGGUGCUUUUAUGUGGUAUCAUCGGAUGGCACAAGUGCAGACUUCUCCUAUCUCAAAUGCAUGGAGGGUUAUGUCAAGCAAACUUUCUCAGAGCAUGGGGAGUCCUUUUGUAAAAAGUAUUUUAAGAGGCGUCGUUCGGGGCCUGCCGAUGAUAAAAAUCAGCAGCAGUAGUAGUGGUCAAAUUUCUGGAGGGAGCCGUACAGUUGUAUAUAGCCCCGGUUCUUUUCCUGACACACUAC